GAGUCACCAUACUUGCGUAGUCAUCUCAAAGAAUUGCGAAAUUCUGUGGAAUUUUUUUCUGGAAAAUAUUUGUACAAUUCUUGGAAAUAGGCCAACUGCUUGGACGUAGGCAUUUGCCUCGUCCUUGUUGUUAGCGAGGCGAGUCCCCCUUUGGGGUCUUUUGUGUUUCAUCCUUGGGUUUUGCCCUAGGCUCUACGCAUUCCAAACUUGUAGUCGCCAUCUUAAGCUGUAAAAGGCACUACGCUUAUUCGUGUUCCUCCCAUCUGGUUACUAGCUUGUUGUGAAGAAAAAUGUAUCAUUUUUAGGGAAAUUCGUACUCUUAUUGUGAGGCAUCCCAUACCAACAUUAUCCAAGUUAUAAUAAAUUGACAUUGUGUACUCAAACAAUGAGCUCAAAAGGAAUGAGCACACGCCCAGUGCAAGUUCUUCCUUCUUUUCAUAAUUCACCUUAUCAUUCAAAAAACGUCGUGGAUGGCCCAGUUCAACCCAAUUCACAGAAAAGUACCCCAUCCAGCAACAGCGCUUCUCAAAGAGCACUUCGAAGUGAAGCUUUGCGCUUAGCUACUUUCCAAGGAUGGCCCCUAGAAUUCUUAUCUCCUCGAGACUUGUCAGCUGCUGGUUUCUUUUACCGUGGUUUAGCAGAUCAGACACAGUGUGCAUUUUGUUGCAUUACCAUCAGUCAAUGGGAACCUCAAGAUAACCCAAUGGCUGAACACAGAAGACAUGCUCCCAAUUGUCCCUUUGUCCUAGAUUUACCAGUUGCCAACAUCCCUCUCUCGAACAAUAUUAGUGGUACCUCUGUACUUCCUGUUGCCUCAUCUUCACGUCCUUCAUUUGUAUUCCCGUCAUUGAAUGGCGGCGGCGCAGAUACGUGCUCCCGAUUUCAGAAUGAAGCUCGUCCCAAUGCAUUACCCGAAAGAGUGCCAGUAGCGUUAACGGUCCGCCAAUCAAAUGGAGGCGAAGGCCCAUCAUCUUCGGGCAACUUGUCAUCUUUGAGUCUUGUGCCACAUCAACAAGCUCGGCGUCCUGAAUUAACGUCAUUAGAAGCUAGAUUGAAUACUUUCAGUGAUUGGCCGCCUGGUUUGGAACAACGCCCAUCCCAGCUAGCGGAAGCAGGAUUCUAUUACAUGAAAACUGGCGAUCACGUCAAAUGUUACUGCUGUGACGGAGCUUUACGCAAUUGGGAACCCAAGGACGACCCGUGGGUCGAACACGCCCGUUGGUUCUCACGUUGCAAUUUUCUAGUGUCUGUCAAAGGCAAUGAUUAUAUCAAAGAAAUCCAAGCACGAUAUCAGCAAAAUCCCGCUAAUGCUGUUGCCACUGCGGAGAAUCCUGUUGAAGUGAAAGAAGAGAAUGAAGAAAGUAAAGAGGUGUGUCAUGCUGUGCAACCAAAAGAAGAAGCUAGUGGUGGCGAUGUGUCGCCUUCUUCCUCGAAGUUGCGUGAUGCGCUUCUUUGCCAGAUAUGCUACGACCAGCAACUAAGUAUGGUGUUUUUGCCCUGCGGGCAUUCCAUGAGUUGCCCAUCGUGCGCCACUGCUCUCACAACAUGCCCCCUCUGUCGUAAACGCAUUGACGCCACGGUUCGCGCUUUCUUUCCCUUUUCAUAAGCUAACCACACGAUUCACAUAGCUGGUGAGGUGACAAAAACUUAUUCUGAUUCGUAAAUAAUACGCCUUUUUUUUUUGUUCGAGAGGAAGAGAAAUAGUCUUUAAAUGCAUUUGGUUAAACAAUUCGGCUAAAGAAAAACCUACGACGAAGUAUCGAGUUAAUAAAUGUAAUUACAAGAGAAUUUCUCAGUUUCCGGAAGCAAAAAUUGACAAGUGGGCCUGUUAAGGCACCAGGAUACUUACAUAUUCAACACAUUUCGAAUGAACGGGUCCGUAGAAUUCAUUAUUUCUUUGCGCAGUUCCUGCAUUUCUUCACAAUUCACAUCGUUCUUUUUUUCCAUAAUAGUCUUCGCACGUUCUAAAUAUUUUCGCAUCAUUGUAUCACUUUCCUGUAAUAUAUCAAUCAUUUAAUUGUAAAAC